UUCAAUCAUUGUUUACAUCGGACUGCUGCUGAAACUGCACUUUCGCAUCAUAAUAUUAGCUCAAAGCAGACGUUGUUUGUCAUUUUCAGUUGCAUAUAUGGUUUGUUUCCUGAUGACAGGACUGAACUGGCUUCAUGGCAGGGUUUCAAGUUGAAAAGGAAAUUAAGGCAGCUGUUUCCAAUUUGGAACCUGAAACAGUAAAGUCUUUAGAAAAAUGUUUGCAAGAACUCACUUCCAGUGGAAGCCCUUCAUUGGAUCAGAAGAUUGUUAAGAAGUUCAAGCAAUUAUGCAGAAAGUCUGAUGACUAUGUUCGCUUUGCUUUUUUACUCAUCAUGAGACAUCUGAAGAAAAAGCAUUCUGAAGUACGACUGUCAGCAUUUCAAGUGGCAGACGAAUUGUUCAACAGAUCUCAUGCAUUUCGAGAAAUUCUAGUCACUCACCUUCAAGAUUUUCUUGCUUUAACAGCUGAGACAGAGGUGAAGCAGCCACUGCCCCCACCGAAGUCUGUUGCCAAGAAACUGAAGACUGACACUCUGCAUGCUGUACAGAGAUGGUAUGAUAAGUUUGGUCAAGGAUAUAGGAAGCUGGUCAUUGGAUAUGACUACCUAAAAAACUGCAAAAAUAUUGAUUUCACUAACAUUCAAGCCCAAAAUCUUGCUGAACAGCAAAGGAUUGAGGAGGAGGAGAGAAGAAAGAAAAAAAUCAUGGCAGAUAAGCUGCGUAAAGUUGAACAGGAAAUUUCAGAGACCAAGUCAGAAAUAGAUGACUGUGCAAAGGAAGCAGAAAGUUGUUUAGAACUUUUGUUACCUAAGCCAGACGAUCUUUUUUUCUUUGAUCCUGAUGAUGCUGUCACCUCACCUAAUUUAACUUCAUCGAAACUUGCUGAACCAAGGAAUGGAACUGAUUCUCUGGCCCACUCUAGUCAUGAAUCAAAACUAUCAUCAGAUGCAAGCUUGUGUGGUAAAUAUGAUGUGAACUCUAAGGUGUUGUCAGUUUCCGGUGAGCCUGGCUAUCCCUCGGACAAAGGGGAAGACAAUGACUGUGUGGAGAAAAUGGAAGCCUCCAUGGCAGCUUCAUUAUGUGAGGGAGAUGAUGAAGAAAAUUGUGCUGACCAGCCAGAAGGAAGCGAUGAGGAAGAUGAUGGUUAUGAUGAUGAUGAAGAGACUCUCCAAGCCCAUGGUCUGUCUCGACCUGGUAUGAGUCUGACCGUCGAGGUCCCAGCUUUUGGUCAUGUGUCAGUGAAAGAGACAGAAGACAAUAUGGACAUUGUGCGCUCUCUGAAGGAUGCCAGCAAACAGAUCAACUCCGUUUUCCUACCCAGAGUGACAAAGUGGCUAGAGAUUCUCGGGAAGAAUGGUGGCAAGCAUGAGGACAUCAAGGCCUUAAUUGAUUUGAAAGUUCAUCUCCAGCACAUCAAAGAAAAAUGUGUUGAGAUGAAGCUCAUCUCAAUGGAAAAGCCAGCUGCAAAGAAUAAUGAUUCAGAUGAUGAGGAAUUCGAGGAUGUUCCAGAGAAGGAAGGAUUUGAACCUCAUAUUCCGCAACAUAUGCGUCAUGAGUAUGGACUCACUGAUACCCCUGAGUCAAGGGAAAAGCCUGGCACCUCACAAAAUGGUUCAUCGUCCUCAUUGCCUAGUGUAUCGAGGAGUGACAGUUCAUGGAGCCUCAAAGAGAGAGAACUCGUCUCAGACCUAGCAGACCCGACGUCACGAGCAGCGGCUUUGGCUCGUCUUGGUUUAAAGAAUUUGGAAUCUGACCCUGAGGCAGGCACAUCCUCAGGAUCUUCUCAGCCAAUCAAUGAUAGCGAAGAGAAGAAAGGACCAGCACCUGUGGUCCAGUUUGGAGAUGAUUUGGCUCACUGGGAAAACCCAGACAAGAUGGAGGCCCCUUCUAUAGUUAAAUUUGACUCCUUACAUCGGUUUUGGACGGCCAAGGAACCGGAACACGACAAGCCCUCUGAUCAUGACAUCGCUGCAGUGCGGAACAGAUCCUUCACCUAUGUGGGCAAGUUUGAGCCGGUCAAGUGGAAAUGUCGAGCACCGAUGCCGAGUGGAAAACUGUGUGAAAGGAUGGACAGAGUAAAGUGUCCAUUCCAUGGGAAAAUAAUUGCACGAGAUGAGCAAGGAAAUCCAGCAAUGGAAAACAGGCCUUCAACUUCAACAUCUGGACAAGAAAAGGUGGCUAUGACACCUGCAACGGAGUCGCAGACCGCUGAUGACUCAGAACUCCCUGCGUGGAAAGACCCACAGUUGCAGAGAGAAAUUGAAGCAGCCACAGGACAUGACCUGGGCUCUGCCCGUUCUCAGAAGCUUCUAGAUAAAGCUAAAGCAAAGGGCAAAGGGAAAGGCAAGGGUAAAGGUCGAAAGAAGUCGCAGUUGACAAACAUACAUGCCAGUAAAAACACUACCAGGAGACGCUUGGAGAACAAGGUUUUUAACAAAUCUUCACUCAAGCGAGUCUGUUCCAACCUGGACAGAGCCGACUACAAACGAGUGAGGGACAAGUUUGGGAGCCAGUUCAACUACAGUCUCAAAUGAUGUGCCGGGCCAAGUUUUGUAAUGGGUUUGAAAAACCAUUUGCACGACAGUUGAGGUUUCAGGAAGGUGCUAAAGGCAUUUGGAGAUGGAAUGGACAGGAUUUGACCUUUGACUGGGCUUAGUUUGACCUCAACAGAGCCAAGUUUUGACUGGAUCAUCAGACAUUUGUCCUGUCACCUGUUGAAUCCAGAUAAUUAGCCAAGAAUAGUAUCCACAUAAAGAAAACUAUGUAGGCCUACUGCUAUUUCUGACUAAAGCUCAAAAAUUAAAAAAGAGUCUUAAAAUCUCUGCCUUUGAUUCGUAGGGAAGGAAAAACUAUGGACCACUGUAUCUGAUGAUGAUAGAAACAGAGUCAGAUGAAUAGGUUUGACUAAGAUUUUGUAAUGGCUUGUUGUCUGUUCAGCUGUUUUCAAAAUCUGUUCUCUUUGACCUUCAUCUCGAUUCAUGGACUAUGAAUUUAUGUCAGUGGCUGAUCAGAUAUCUGUACCAAGCAUGGGUUGGCUCAGUGAUAACGUCUCAAUCCCUGACUGUCUCUCAAAGAGAUAA